AUGGCCUCUGCAAAAGGGGUAUUGCGGAACGUGCAGGCGCAGGAGGAGGCGUCUCCGCAUUCCCCUCGGGAAGGGGGAGUUUUGCGCAACGAUGAACUGGCGCGUCAGCUAGAGCAACUUAAAGACAUCGACGCAUUGCAGGCCCUGGCACACAGCAUGGCAGCAGGGGGAAAGGAGGGUUCAUCUGUGCUCACUGCGGCUCAACUGGGGGAGGUGAUAUCUGCGCUGCAGGCGCAGGUGCAGGCUGAGGUGGCAACGCAUCAUGACGACCUCCUGCAGCAGCUAUCCUCGUUAAAAGACACAGAGGGCGUGCUGUCUGUGGUGCGCGCUGGAGUUGACUCGUUACUAGCCUCCGUCCAGCGCGUGCGGGCAGAGAUAGCAGACCCCUAUCGGGCCAUUCAGGUGAAGACACGUCAGCUGGCCGCUCUCUACGACACCAUGGAGCUGCUGAGAGCAGUCAUUAAGUACCUCAAACUGGUGCGCAAGCUGAGGGAGCACCUGAGUGGGGGGGUGGAGAAGGCGGAGCUGGGGAAGGCGGGGCAGGUGUGGCAGGAGGUGGGGGCGGUGCACAGGGAGGCGCAGCUGGGGGGGGUGCAUGUGGUGGAGGCACAGCAUGAGUGGGUGGCGGAGGCAGGGCAGGCUAUUAGGAGAGAGGCGAUGAGGGCGCUGGAGGGGGGCAUGGAGGCGAUGAACCAGGCUGAAGUGGGGAGCGUGCUGCAGGUGUUUUUCAACAUGGGUGAGCUGAGGCAGACGGUGGAUCAGCUGGUGGCGAAGCACAAGGGGCAGGCCAUGCGAGCCGUGGCCACAGGGCUCGACAUGAAGGCUAUCAGUGCGAGCAUGGGAGCAUCAGGAGGUGGAGGAGGCUUGGGUGGCUCCGUGGGCGGACCAGGGGGGGGCAUGCGCAGCGGCACUCCUCCAAUGGGUGGCGCCCCCAGAGCGCGAGAGGCGCUGUGGCAGCGGCUGACUGGAUGCCUGGAUGAGCUGGCGCGUGUUAUGGUGCUGACGUGGCACCUGCAGCGAGUGAUGGCGAAGAAGCGAGAUCCAAUCUCGCAUGUCGUGUUUCUGGACCACGUGCUGCAGUCAGGGGAUUUGCUGCCCACAGAGCGGGUGUGGGAGGCCUUGCUGCGGGCCUUCUCCUCGCAGCUACGAGCCACGUUCACCGCCUCCUCCUUUGUCAAAGAGACCUUCGUCUCCGCCUAUCCCCGCCUCCUCGCCUCCCUAGAAUCCUUCCUGGACCGCCUUCAGGCCGAUACAGACGUGCGGAUUCUGGGCGGAGGGGGAGGCGGACUGGGAGGAGGAGCGGGAGGAGCGGGAGGAGGAGGGUUUGGGUUGGGAGCGGUUGGAGGCGGUUCUGUGGUGGCUGGUUCGUGGGCGAAUGGCGGCACGCCAGCUGUCAUAUCUGUGGAGCAUCGUGCGCAGAUGUUGGCUGCUUUGGAGCCGUUUCAGACAGCCUAUCUGGCCCUCUCGCUCUCUAGAAUGACCGACCCGAUCAACACCAUGAUGCCAGCCGCAGGGGGUGGGAGGGGAGGCGUGCCGGGGCCGGAGGGGGGGGGGCUGCUGAGGCUCGUGCUGGCGAAUGCGGGCAAGGCGCUUCAACUGCUGGCCGAGCGAUGUGAAUACCAGGGGCUGCUGAGGCUCGUGCUGGCGAAUGCGGGCAAGGCUCUGCAGCUGCUGGCAGAGCGGUGUGAAUACCAGGUGUGUGUGGGAUGGGUGUGGGCGCAUGUGUGUGGUAAUGCGUUGUUCUGGCGAAUGCAUGCAACGCGCUGCAUGCAGGUGCCUGUGUGUUCUACUGGUAGCAGUGCACUCACUACUUUUUCUCUUUAUCCUUCUAACCUGUCCUUCUCCCCAUUACACCUGUCGCUACCGGUCCCGAAUCUCGUCAAGUCCUGGAAUCCUGCUCGCCAGCGCAGCAGCGCAACAUCGCCCUGCCCAGAGUCACGCCAGGUCCUCGCCCCCUGCUCGCCAGCCCAGCAGCGCAACAUCUCUCUGUGCGUGCUCCUAGGAGCGGUGCACACACGCUGCAUGCAGCUGCUGGCCCGCCUGCCAGAGGAGGCAGACUGCGUGAUGGAGGCGGGUGUGGGGUCCGUGCAUGGCGUGGCUAUGGACGCUGUUGCUCCCCUCUUCAAGGCCAUGCGGGAUCGCAUCGAGGCAUGCCUUCUUCAAAUCCACCAGCAGGACUUCUCAUCAGACGACCCCAACGCCCCUCCCUCCUCCACCACCCCGCCACCCCGUGGGUCGGCCUCAAGAAACCGUACCAGCAGCAGCGGGGGAUCCACACCACCCCACAAGCACAACCAGCACAACCAGAAUCAGCAGCAGCAGCACGAGUCAGCGGGGGACAACUGCUCGCCAUACAUGGAGAACACCAUUCGAGCCAUCACCCACUUCCACUCUGAGUUUCUCUCCAAGCUUCUUCUCCCUGACUCCUCCUCUACCUCCUCCUUUGCAGCAGCGCCGGCCUCGUCCAUAUUCGCUGCAUCUCUGUCCGGUGCUGCGGGAUCAGGCCCUCUCUCUCCCUCCACCGCCCUGCCCCCUGCGACUGUCUCGGAACCUGUUGCGCAGUCUCUCGCGAAACGCCUGGCAUCCCGCACUCUGCUCUUCUUCGUGCGCCACGCAUCACUUGUACGACCGCUGUCAGAGGCGGGGCGGCUGAGGCUGGCGAGGGACAUGGGCGAGCUGGAGUUCGCCGUGGGGCAGCACCUCUUCCCCACACACGCCCUCGGCGCCUCCUACCGUGCUCUCCGCGCCUUCCGCCCUCUGCUCUUCGUGGACCUGGAGAAGAUCCCCACCAGCUCACUGCUACAGGGCCUCCUACCGCGCCCUCCGCGCCUUCCGCCCGCUGCUUUUCGUGGACCUGGAGAAGAUUGCAACCAGCUCGCUGCUGCAGGUCCUCCCCCCAAGCGUUGUCCUGCACCACCUCUUCUUCCGCGCGCCCCCGAGAUGCUCUCCCCAUUCACCUGCUCGUUGCCUCACUAUAAUUUUCCCCCUUCUUCUCCCCCGGACCCCCCUACUCACCCCCCCAGGAGACUUUUGAGACCUCCCCCCAAGCGUUGUCCUGCACCACCUCUUCUUCCGCGCGCCCCCGAGAUGCUCUCCCCAUUCACCUGCUCGUUGCCUCACUAUUAUUUCCCCCCUUCUCCCCCCGGACCCCCCUACUCACCCCCCCAGGACCUCCCCCCAAGCGUUGCCCUGCACCACCUCUUCUCCCGCGCGCCCCCCGAGCUGCUCUCCCCGUUCACACGCAUUCAGCAGCCCCCAGCACGCUACUCGCUCUGGCUGGACCAGCACUCGCAGCAGCAGGAGGAGCAACUUUUGCACACAACGCACCCACUUCCCCUGUGCUUUUGCUCCUUCCGCCAGGUUUUGUCACUCCAUUCACUCCCGUUGCCCCCUCUUGCUCUCCCUCUCCCUCCCCCGCAGGACCUCCCUCCAAGCGUUGUCCUGCACCACCUCUUCUCCCGCGCGCCCCCUGAGCUGCUCUCCCCAUUCACACGCAUUCAGCAGCCUCCAGCGCGCUACUCGCUCUGGCUGGACCAGCACUCGCAGCAGCAGGCGUGGCAGGGCAUCAAGGCGUCAUUAGACGAUUAUGUGGGGAGUGUGAAGGCGAGGGGUGGGAAGGAGUUUCACCCGGUUUAUGCUGUGAUGCUGCAGCUGGGGCAGAUGCUGUUGGUGGGAGGUAACGAGGGCAAGUAG